AUGUCACCGGUGUUUAAGAAGAAGAGUGACGGUCAUUGCAUAGUCAAUGAUGAUAAAAUCUAUGCGAUCGGUGGGUUCGACGGGACGAGUUGUCAUUCGACGGUUGAGGAAUAUGAUGCUGGAUGCGAUAAGUGGAUCACGUUGAAACAAAAUAUGAGGAGUCGG